AUGGAGUUUGAUGUUUUUGACAAGCUUAGUGAAUUGGAAACUAAAGUCCAAUAUCUGCGGAGUGAAAUUGAAUCUAAAAAUUCUAGAAUUUCCGAUUUAGAGAAAGAAAAUAAAGAACUUCGCAGGAGUAUUCUUAAUGGGGAUAUAAGUUCCAAUCUCAGUAUAAAAGAUGUCUCCUCACAAGAAGCACCUCCUGGGACCUUAAUCGAUCUAGAAUCAAAAUCAGACUUACUUGACCUCGCUAGUGGUAUAAGUUCUUAUGACUAUGGCUAUGAGAACCAGUUGUUCUAUGAGCCAAGGACUGGUGUAUACUACAGUUAUAAUUCUGAAACAAGGGAAUAUAGCUACCACUCUCGAGUUAAUCAAGAAGUCCUCAAGCAAAAGUAUGAGGAAAUUGCAUCCGAUCCUGCAGUCCAGCAUGCUGUCAAGACAGGCACAAAUAUUCUCCCCGAAGUCGAAGUCGCUCCAGAUCCUCAUCGCGAGGUCAUCGAAGGCGUCAUUCUUCUCGGGACUCCGGGCGUUAUAAAAAUAAGAGUGACAAAAAACGGAGAUCUCAUCGAUCUCGGUCCAGGUCUUCAUCUCGUUCCAAGUCAUUCCGUCGUCGGCGACUCUCUGAAAGUGGCAAGUUCUUUUACUUUUUUUGGUGGAGAGUUAAGAAAGCCAAAGGCCUUGCUUUUGCCUCUUGGUUGA